AUGGAAAAAGAAAAGGCAACUAAGUACAGUAAUGCAACAAUGAAGGUUACAAGUGGGCAACUUUAUGUUCGUGAACCGCACUGGAAUAUCCGAAACAGUGAACGGAACUGGUCCAUACUGUCCCGGGACCAACAGCAACAAAAGGACCAUUACUGGUAUCGCUCUGAGAGGAGUCGCGACGAUGACUUUUCCAGGAAUACGUACUCGGGUAACACUGGUUGA